AAAUAAAGAAAAAAAAAUGGAAAAAGAAAAGCAAUAAAGAAAGGAAAGAAAACAAAGACUCAAAGCUCCAUGAUUAUUCAAAUUCUUUCAAAAACAGCUCCUUGGAGUGGUGGUGUUCUCCUUACUACUUAAUCAACCUCAAGGAGCACCUCUCAAAGUUUCUACACAAAAGAACUUUAUUCUUUUUAAGAGGGGCAAGAACAUCAAGAAAGCAAAGGGAGGGAAAGAAAAAAAAAAGAAAGGAAAAAUUUAUUUUGUUCCUUUCUAAGACGAAUUUUUUUUUUUUUUAUAAAAAACGAAGAAAGAGGAAGAGAAGGAGAAGGAGAACAGAAGAAAGAAGAAAGACAAGAAAUGAAUAGAGGAGUUGUUCAUGGGUCGCCGGUGCAACAAAUGAUGGCGGCCGGAAACCCUAAUUGGUGGAACAUCAAUAGCAUGAGGCCUCCACCUCUUCCACAAGCUCCUCCUUUCUUGUCUACAACUCCUAAUUCUUCAAACUUUCUCACCCAAUAUUCUUCUUCUUCCUCCUCUCUUCCUUUGCCUCCUUCUUGGCAUGAAAAUCAAGAGCUUCCUGAGUCAUGGAGCCAGCUACUCAUGGGUGGACUUGUGGGUGAAGAAGAUCAUCAUCAAAUGCUAAGUCAUCAUCAAGGUGCAAAUAACAAUGCUUCUCUUGUUGAUGUUAAGCAAGAAAGCUCAGUUAACAGCUAUGUAUAUGGCCAUGGUGGUGCAAAUGAAGAACUUCAGCCAUCAAAGACUGCAUCUUGGUCUCCAAAUUCAUGUGUCACAAGCUUCAGCAGCAACAUGCUUGAUUUUUCAAGCAAUAACAAUAGUGAUCAUAAGACUAAUAUUGAUGCAAGGCAUCCUCCACCACCACCACCAGAUCGAUCAUCUGAGUGUAACAGCAGUGGAAGUGGUGGGGCAGUGAAGAAAGCUAGGGUUCAACCUUCCACAACUACUCAAUCCACUUUCAAGGUCAGGAAGGAGAAGUUAGGUGACAGAAUUACUGCACUUCAUCAGCUGGUUUCCCCAUUUGGGAAGACUGACACAGCCUCAGUGUUGUUAGAAGCUAUCGGGUAUAUCAGAUUCCUUCAGAGUCAAAUUGAGGCUCUUAGUUUACCAUACUUGAGCAAUGGAUCAGGGAACACAAGGCAUCAACAACAUUCUGUUCAUCAGGGAGAGAAAAAUUGUUUAUUCCCUGAAGACCCCGGUCAGCUACUGCAUGAAAACUGCUUGAAGAGGAAAGCACCUACUAGUGAACAGGAUUCUAAAGAAGAGACUAAGAAGGACCUAAGGAGUAGAGGGUUGUGUUUGGUUCCGGUUUCAUGCACACUUCAAGUUGGAAGUGACAACGGUGCUGAUUAUUGGGCUCCAGCACUUGGUGGCGGUUUUCGGUAGAUCAAGUUUAAUUAAUUAUAAUUAAUUAAUUAAUUAAGUAGGGCGCAGCAUAUAUAUAUAUAUAACUAAUAUAUAUAUGUUUGUACAUGCAUGGCAUCAUCACACAUAAAAGUAAAAUUCAUGAACAUGAUAUAACAUCAUGAGCAGUCAAUCUGCUAAGGAAAACAAACUAAGGCUGAUUGCUCAUGAUGCUAUACUUCAUAAAUCCUGAAUAAUAAUAAAACAAAAUGUGUGUUCUUGCUUGCUGUGACAAAUUAAAUUAUUAAUGUAUUUUGCAAGCCCUUGGAGUGCUUUAUUUAAAUUCAUGGAAAUCAUGAUCAUGCUCUUAUAUUUAUUUUGUUAGCUUAAUUAAUUAAGAUGCUGGUACAAUAUGCAAUAUAUUUCAAUGUAUAUGCAAAUAUUUGUAUUAUUAAUCA